UAAGACAACAUAAACAGCUUCACCUUAUCACCACCACACAACCACAUAGAACCUUCUUCCUUCGUCUUAUUAUAUCUAUCGAUCUCUCUGUGUCUCUUUCUUCACUCUCCCAUCCCUCCCAAAAAUCUUCACUUAGUUUCGUGAACUUCUUCUUUGAGAGCGAUUUCAAUGGCGUCGAUUAGUUCAUCUGAUCGUCGAAUCUCGACGAGUAAAAGACGUUUGAAGCCGCCAUUGUUGCUUAGAGAUUACCUUCUCGAUGAUCUCAGCUCGUGUUCGUCCAACGGCUUCAAGUCCUUCCCUCGUCGACAAUCUUCCUCCUCCACCGUCCGAUUACUCCUCGAUGCCGAGAUCAAACGGUCCAGACUCCACCGCAAACGCCGCCUCUCCAGAACCAGGACCACCUGCGGGACGGCGCUCGGUCACGCCGUACAGAAAGCGUCGAUGGCGUUAGUUAACGCCGUUAAGAUGUUGCCGUUUCCUUCCACCGUCAAACUUCCUUCGCCGACGGUACGGAACAAAAACGGCGGUUUCUCGAGAAGCUUCUCGAAACGGCUUUUGAGCAGAAGCUUCUGGAGAUCAUCGUCCGAUGACCGCCGAGAUUCCGGUGAGACUGAUCGGAGAGUGGAGCCCGAACGUGACCCGGAGAUCCAACGGUGGAGAUCGUUCGGGGAGUUCCUCCAAGAGAGCUUAGAUCAACCGUCCGAUCAAAUCUCCGUCGCCGUCGCCGUCGGAGACGAUGAAGAAGUUUCCGGCGAGUCUUCGUCAUCGAGCAGCGGUGGCUCGGAGGUUGUGCAGUCGUCGUCGUCGUUGUGGAGCGGUGAAUCUGAGGAGUCGAACGAAAAUGACGGCGUGGAAGAAGUGGUCGAGGAAAUGGUAGAGGAACAUGUCGGUGACGGAGGUGGUGUCAACCGCAGCAACCUCUGUACGGACGACAACCGAAAGGAAUGCGCCAAUGAAGAGAAGGAACAAUUUAGCCCCGUUUCUGUGUUGGAAAACCCCUUCGAAGAUGAAAAUGAUAAUGCUCGUGGCAUGACUUCUCCUUCCGACCAAGAAGAAAUCAACGUUAAACUGGGAAGAAAAAGCCGAAGAUUCAAGGGUUUGGUAAGAAUCGAGCCAGUGGACUUAGAGAAACGAAUCGAAAGGCACAUCGAAAACGACGAGAACCAAACACGUGGCAUUAUUAUUACAGAAGGAGGUGACGACGACGUGGUCGUGGUCGAAGGAGAGAACAGAGCGAACCACUUGUUCGCUCGGUUGAAAUCAAGAACCGACGGACAGUUCUUGAUCGACUCGUACUCGACCAAUCUGCUGUCGGAUUUUUUCCAAGAAGACGGGAACGAGGAAAGAGAGGACGAGACAUUGGUGAAGACAGCAGAAGAGUGGGUUUUGGACAGGCAAGAGGAGAUGUUCUUGAGCUGGGAAGUGAAGGAGAAGAGAGGGAUUUACGUGAAGGAGAUGGAGAUGGAGAGGAGAGAGAAGUGGGCUUGCUUCAGAGAGGAGAGAGAAUGUGUUCUUGAGGAGUUUGGGAAUGGUUUCUUCGCUUCAUUGGUGGAUGAACUCGUUCUUGAUCUCUCUUCCUCGUUUUGAUCUUUUGGAUUUUUCAUGUUUUUAAUUUUGCCAUGAUUUUUGUUUUUAGAUUCAAAAUAAGACAUUGUUACACAAAAGUUAUGGUUUUCUCCUAUAACUAUCAUGUGUAAAUUUGGAAUUUUCGGGUUUUAAAAAACAUAUCUAUUCAUAUC